UUUUAAGUAAUUUUAAAUUUAAAAUGGACGAAAAUUUAAACUUAGAGUCUGAAGCGAGGGAACAAUACAGUGAGUAUAAGGAUGGAUUGAUUACUGAAUCGAAGCAUACUUUUACUGAGAUAUCGAAGAAUAAAGACUAUGAUAAGUAUAUCGACCAUUCUGUGGAAUCAGUACGAGGGAAGAAUGAGCAAUUGUCUACGCUGAAUAAGGAAAAUCUCAAGCCCAUCUAUCAGAACGAGUCUUUACCAAAUUCUGAUGUCUCUGAGAUAUCUGUAACAGGACGUUCUUCCUCAAAUCGUUCUGCUGAGGAAUGAGUUUCUCAAAGAGAAGAUGAUUCCUGCACUGAAAAUACCGAAGAGAGUAUUGUUGAAGCAAAUAACCGCAAAAUGGUCACAAUGAAAGCUUCCUUUCAUAGAGAAGGAAGAGAGGGCUACUUCUCACAUGAUAGAAAAAAAAGGAAGAAGAAAAAGAAGCAUUUUAACAUGACUACUAAAUUUAAUGAGUGAACUUCAAAACCAAUCCUCAAAGACAGAAAGACUAAUUAUACUGCAUCUCAUGGUGAACUGUUAAGGAGAAGGGCCAAGACAAAACCUCAUACAAUCACCUCCUCAACAAGAGUGAGCCAGAGGAGAUCUAAGAGAAAGUCUCAAAACUCUAGUGUAUCAAAGAGUAGGAAUAAAUUUAAAUCUUGAAAGGGGUCAAAGAAGCGGAUGUUUAUAGAGACUACAAAGAACUCAGUUCUAUGCAAACUUGUUCCAUCCAAGGACUACUAUCCCAGAAUGAAUAUCACUCCUAUUGGCUCUGAAGUAUGCUCUGCCAAGCAUGCUCAAAAGCCUUCUGAUGACAAAUUCGAGGUCAUUCGCAAGAUGAACAAGCUGAAGUACGAACUUCGUGAGAAACAAGCAAAACUUAGAAUUCUUCAGGAAAAAUGUCGUGAUAACAAGAAGAAGCUCAAAGAUCGCCGCAAAAAGGACCAUAAGAGGAAGGAUAAUAUUGAAUUUUUAGAGUACAAGCUUGAAGAGAUGAGGCUAAAUGAGGAACAACUCAUCGAUGACCUUUAUAACCAGCAGAACAUGGCAAAGGAUGCUAUUAGAUCUAUGGAAAACUUAGCAAAGCAGUUUGAAGGAGAGAGAUCGAAAUUUAAGAGAGAGUCUGAAAAGCAAAUUCAGAUUUUAGUCAAAAAGGAAGCUAAAAUGUGGCAAUAUAAGGUAGAAUCUCUAAAGACUGUAAAUGAUACUCUUACAAGAAGGAUACAAGGGUAUGAAGAACAAGAACAAAUGCUUGCUGAAACUGAGGAAAAGAACACAGAGUUGAAAGAACAAAUUGUUGAGCUAGAAGAAGAUUUAGAGAGAGUGAGAGGUGAAAGAAAAGGAUACAAAGAAGAGAAUCAUAAAUUGAUGAAGAGGCUUAUACAUAUGGAAGAGAUAGUGAAGCUCAAUAAGUCUUUAGUGACUUCAGCAGAAGAAGCAUGAAGCUCAAAAUUCAAAGAGCAGAUUGCACAUAAAAAUAAGCAAAUAAAUCACUUAACUGCUAAGAUUCAGAGCUGUGAACAUGAGAGCCAGAAGAGAACCGCUAAACUCCAAAAAGAAAUAGAAUUAUUAAAGAAAGAGCUCCUUGAGGAAAGAUUUAAGAAAGAAGACAACGAGAUGGAAAUUCAAAAAUAUCAUAAAUACAUUUUUGAGAACGACAAAAAGAUGAAGAAUAAAGAUCGCUUCCAAGAUAGCGCUGAGGAUCAUUUUGAAUCAACUGAUAAAGACACAAGUUGGAUAAAGACUUAUAAAUCUUUAUCGAAAGAUCUUCAUAUUUUGAGACAAGAAAUCCAUGGGUUAAGAGAUUCUCCGCAAGAUCUUGAUAAUAAAGAGAACUUAUCAUACAAUACAAUGAAUCAAAAAUUCUUAAAGCCUGCCUUGGCUGGGAGCUCAAAGGUCAAUUUUUACAAACCAUUACGCAAACCAUUAAAUGAGAGUUCAAAGUAUAAGUCAGACAGUAAACCUUUACCAAUGACGGAUGAUGAUCAAGCCUUGCCCACUUUUUAUGAAUAAUUCAGC